AUGACGAUCGGAGGUGUGGCCGCUUUGGUCAUCCUGCUCACCUUCAAGACCCCUGCAACCGCUAAGCAGGUCGAUGCUACGCUCAAGGAGAAGCUUCUACACAUGGACUUUCCAGGGACGGCGCUUAUAAUGGGUGCAUCCCUCGCCUUGCUUCUAGCUCUUCAGUACGGUGGUGUAACCUAUUCGUGGAGUUCCAGCGUUGUCAUCGGCUUACUCGUCGGCUUCGGGUUGAUGGUUCUUGCACUCAUAAUGCUAGAAAUAUGGCAGGACGAACGCGCCAUGCUGUCACCACGCCUCAUGCGGCAAAGAACCGUCUGGGUCAACUCUGUAUGGGGCUUCUUCUUCGCUGGCUCGUAUUUCAUCACUCUCUACUACCUGCCCAUCUAUUUCCAAAGCAUCGAUAACCGCAGUCCGAUUGGCUCAGGUGUGCGCAACAUUCCUCUUAUUGCCUUGUUUAGCGUUGCCACAUUUGCCUCCGGCAGAGCCAUCACGAAGACGGGUAUUGCAGCUCCGUAUUUGUUAGCAAGCUCUGUGGUCGGAACCAUCUCCGCUGGUCUCCUGUAUACCCUCGACAUUGGGACCUCGACGGGCAAAUGGGUUGGAUUUCAGAUCCUGGCCGGCCUUGGAUACGGCAUGGGCCUCCAAAUCCCGCUCAUUAUUGCGCAGGCUUUUGCUGCGCCAAGCGACAUAGCUCCUGUGACCGCAAUCAUUAUAUGUAAGUUUUCCUUCGCCCUGUCCCAAGGUGCUGUCAAUUUUCUUUGA